UUCUUUAAAAAAUAACUUCUUUAAAAAAGCUAGAGUUGACAAAAUUUUAAAAAGUAAUCUCAUCCAUUCAUUCACUCAUUCAACUUCAUCGUUGCGUUGUUGUCUGUCAAAUUGUACGUUUUUGUACAAGGGCGUUGUUUUUAGUUUGUAUUAAUCGGUUUUAACUAAUAAAAUAAUGGUCCAAAAAUCUAAAACGGGUUGGUUUGCCUUAGGGUUUUAUAGUUUUGCUUCGUUGUUGGUGUUGAUAGCGUUUGUUAGCCCCUAUUGGCUAGUUGCAGAUGGCAAGUUAAAGAAUCCGAAGUUUAUCAAAAUUGGAUUGUGGGAAGUAUGUUUCAAUGGGUUUGGGGAGCCCCAUCACUGGUACGACACUGUGUUUUCGGGUUGCUGGUGGAUUUUCGAGGAAGAAUACUACAUUAUACAUGACAUACUGCUUCCUGGUUUCUUCAUAGCCACACAAUUCUUUUUUGCAAUCACCAUGUGUUGUGUUCUGGCCUCAAUAUUUCUGUCAUAUUUGUUUCUGAAAAAAGACAAAGAUGAUGAUAAUUAUGUUACCCUGUUGGUAACAUUAGGAACGGUUCUGGUCAUGGGAGGAUUUUCUGGGCUCAUAUCAGUUAUAACUUUUGGGGCCAGAGGAGACGGGCGUGACUGGAUGCCCAACUGGGAGCACAAUGAUCUGGGCUGGGCAUAUGCCCUUGGAGUCAUUGGAGUGAUCUUCCUCUUCCCAGCAGGAAUUCUCUUCCUAGUUGAAGCAAGAGUACAGAAAUAUAAAAGGCUUCAUGAAAUGCAAAGUCGAGACCCUUCAUCUUACACUAUGCAUGAGAGAAAAAUUCAAUACUCAGGAGGGCACACUGAUAUCUAAUUUAUCAUAUUGAAAUAUUUUACAAUCAACAAGUGAAACAUGGUUUUGGCCUGAAUUUGUUUCACAGCUUAUAAAAUAAUGUGAAGGUUGACUAAUGAAAUAAUCCGUCCAUGAAAGUAAAAUACUUAUUUUAUAAAAGAAUCUCAUAGCUUUAAGUGCAAAUGGAAUCACAAGAAUAAUACAUUUAAUGUAUACAAAAUAAUGCUUUUAUUACUUGUGUAAGUCUUUGACUAAAUCAAUACUAUUAUUUCUUAUUCUAUGACAAUACUGUGCCUUAAUCAUGUACUGUAUGCCUUGGUAAGAUUGAACUGAUUUAAUGUUAACAGAUAAACAAAUGUAGAUUUAAAUAAGUGUGAUUUGCUUAUUGUAUUUUUAUUUUUAAAAAUGAAUACACAAAAUGAUAUUAUUUA